GCCUCUUUGAUAUAUAUUACCUGGGUAAUGUCUUUAGCAUCCAAUGUUGCAGAUGACUAUGAGGGCUGCAUGGUGUCACAUGACCAGUUCACAGCUGAGGGAUGCCGAGGAAGGCUUGCCCGUUGCUAACCAGUUAGCUCCCUUAGCUGUGUCUAGCAAUGCUGGCAGAAAUAGCCGUUUCUUUUUAAACUUUCACACCAAAUUGCCACAGAGCCAUACAUCAUAAGUCAUGGGGAGGAUACAGCACGUAUGGACGUCUUUCAUAUAUACUCGUAUCGCUAUCUUUCGCAUAGAUGUCAAUGUCAAUUUGUAACUAAGGCUGUACAGUUAGCUCAGUUAGCUUGUGGCUGGCCAACGUUGGGCCAAGGCCAAGCGAAAAAAAACAGGCCUGCGGCUUCCAUUAGGGCUUUUGUUCUGUCAGUGGAGAGUACAACAAGAGAAUAGGAUUAGAGGUUCCGGUGCUGUUCAGAUCUUCUUCUGAAGUCACUUCCACCAUCAUAUUUGUCAGUGUCAACCUUAGAUGAGCCAUGUCUUCAUCGGGGUGUUGCCAACUACCUGGCUCCCUUUGUGAUUACUCUGGCAACGCUGAAACUGAUGCCUCAAAGGAUUCAGAGGAGUCUGAUUCCGCCACGCAGGCCCAGUAUGUUGCCAAGGUUACGGCUAAAGAUGGUCGCCCACUCUCCACUGUUGUCAAAGCUGUGAGCUUGCAAAGCGAUGUGGGUAUGUGUCGGAUUUGUCAUGAAGGAGCUGGUGGAGAAACGCUGCUCUCACCCUGCGACUGCACUGGCACACUGGGCAAGGUGCACAAAAGCUGCUUGGAGAAAUGGCUUUCAUCCUCUAAUACCAGCUACUGUGAACUUUGUCACACAGAGUUCACCAUUGAACGGCGACCACAACCACUCACACAGUGGCUGAAGGAUCCCGGGCCACGCAGUGAGAAACGCACAUUGCUGUGCGACAUGGCUUGCUUCCUUCUCAUUACACCCCUGGCAGCCAUUUCUGGGUGGCUAUGUCUGAGGGGAGCCCAGGACCACUUGCAGCUGAAGAGCAGACUUGAGGCUGUAGGCCUCAUUGCCCUCACCAUUGCCCUCUUCACCAUCUACAUCCUGUGGACACUGGUAUCAUUUCGGUAUCACUGCCAGCUGUACUCGGAGUGGAGGCGGACCAAUCAGAAGGUGCGCCUCCUCAUGCCGGACAUGAAAGGGGCGCACACCACCCAGCGUUCAGUGCCGACCAAGUCGACCAAGAAAAUGACUGAUGAGACCAUCGUAUGAGUGCCAGAGCGGUGGAAAGAGGGAUAUGAUAAAAGGAAGCUCACUCAGGCACUCUCUAAAAUCAAAAUUAAUCAUAAUAAUGAACCUUUGCACUUCCUAUGGACCAUUCUGAGGGGGAAGAGCUGCUUUCUCCUUAUGUUUAUUGAAGCACUUGAUGAAAACUACCACGUAUUGGCCAACCACACAAGUGGUUUUGGGAAGAACUCAUUCCAGAGUCACUGUUGAUGAACACUAAGUUGCCCCCAGGAGCCAGCCCUGGGAACUGACUAAGUGGAAAUAUGAGUAAUGGACUAAUCAGCCUGACUUUUUGUCAGUGAUACAAACUUAUGAGAUACUAAGACACAAGCUAAUGUAGCAGGAUAUAACUGAUUCAGCAUGCUACUACAGUAUAAUAUGAAACAUAUUCACUACCUAUAAUUCCCCCAUGCCCCUUCACAAUGUAUUUAACUGGUUUUGAACAAUGGGAACUAAUAACCCUGCUGAAGAUGGUAAUCUUAAAAAAAAAAACACGAUUGACAAGGUCUAGCUGUGAAUACUAUUUUUUUCUCUGUUUGACUAGUAGUGGGUGGAAGUCACCCUUACCGGUGUCUUUGUCUAUAAGCUGAACUCUAAUUUUCCAGGUUAGGCAUUUAUGUUGUUGUUGGAGUAGUGAAAAUGAAAUUCUCUUCCUAUGAAGGCAGCAGCAGAAGCAUUGUCUAUUAAUCACACUUUUCAGGAGGGGGGCAGUGACACUUGUAGCAUAUUGGAUAACCCUCCAGCUGGAGAGCAGCAGUGUAGUGAUGUGUAAGGAAAGUAAAGUGUUUAUGUUCUAAUUGGAUGAUUUAUCUUCUAUUAUCAUCUGAGUCCAUUGACAAACAGCCCUGCUCCACUUGUAAAUGCACCAUCCAUUAACUGAGCUGCCUAGCGAUAACCAAUAGUAAUGUCCUAACAUCCCAACGCGCUUUGAAAUGGAGGAGAAACUGUUUGAGAGAUGAUUUUACCCAUAUAAAUCCCAGGUAAUCAGAGCAGGCUGAUGCUUGGGAAAAGUGCAAAAAGAGAAAUAUCUUUUUGAGAUAUUGAUCGGUGUAUGCAAUGUAUGCUAAACAAAGUAUUCUGCGUCAUUGCAGUCCUGCUUCAUCCCCUUGAAAGUUGGUUUAUGGUGCAAUAAAACAUGAGGGACUCCUGGACUUUGGGUGGACUGUGGUUAUUUUAGCUGUUGAGGCUUGUGAAAUGUAUCCCAUGAUCAUAAUGAUUUUACAAGAUUUUACUAUUUUAUUUUCUUCAUUGGUUUUGUGGUGAUGGAACCACCAUUUAUAUAGGAAUUAUGAAAACAGCCCAAGCCAGUGAUCCAUAGACCCGCAGCACCCCCUCCAGUUCUUACAGAGGAAACUGAGAUGUACCCUGGCAAAUCUAGGGUUUGCCCCAAGGCCAAAAUCUUGGGUUUGCCCCAAGGCCACUGACCAGCAGGACAUGUCUGAGAUAACUUACCCAGAUGGCAUUAAUACCUCUCUACAAGAACUCUACAAGACAUCUGGAAGGUGAGUUAACUAUAAAUUUGGCUAAGAAUGAAAAUAAAUAUUAAGAAUCUUUCUCGCACAGCUAACCUCUGUGGGGUUCAAAGCGCCUAACAUUAUCAUGUACAAACUUACCAGCAGAUCAGCCUUAAUUUUACUCUGCAACCACAGGUUUUGUACAGGCAUUAUCAGAAGUUUUUAUUUAAAGUUUGCCAUUUGGGUGGAUAUUUGAACUAUUUAAGAGAGAAACAUGGGUCUCAGUCACUCUUGCUGACUAUACCCUG